AUGGAUUCCAAUCCUAGUCUUAAUUCAUUGCUCUCAAUCAUUAUAACCCUCAUCUUGAUCCAGGUGCCUGAAACUUUCUGUCAAAAUAAUGGUAGCAGUCCUCCUGAUGAGUUUGUGAGCUGCGGUGAGUCAUUCAGCUGCGCCGGUAUUGAAGACUUGGGCUACCCUUUCUGGGGUAGAAGCCGGCCGGCCUACUGUGGCCACCCGGCUUUUGAGCUGAACUGCAGUAAUGAGUUCCCAGAAAUCGCUAUCCGAUCAGUACAGUACAGAAUUUUCAAUAUUAGCAACCAGUCACAGACUGCCAAAAUUGCCAGAAAUGAUCUGUUAAACAAUAUAUGUCCCUGGCAUCCUCAAAACGCAUCCUUGGACUUCAACCUCUUCAACUACGUUCCCUCUGGCGAUCAGAACAUCAGUCUGUUCUACGGUUGCAGCACCGUUGUAAAGCCUGCUCUCAACUGCAGUGAACACAAUUCCAGUUUCCGCUGCAACAACGAAAACCCUCCCCCUGUCGUUGAUCCAUCUCGUGAUUCUCGUCCAACUUCCCACCUCUUCAACUGCACUGAAUCGAAUGGCGGCAAUUCCAGCCAUUGCAAUAUCAUUAUUAAAAACCAAGCGUCCUUUGCUUCGAUUCCCCAUAUCUUCAACUGCAGUGAAGGCAAUUCCAGCUUCGGUGUGUAUGGCCUCGGGACGUCGCCCAGAAUAAGGUGUGGGAUUCAGGUCGUUGUUACUGUCACUCAAGGAGCUUUUGAGGCUUUAGGUAAUGCAUCCCAUGCUUCAGAGGAGUUGAUAAGAACAUCCAUGGCGGGCGGUUUUUCUGUGGAGUGGAAAGCAAAUAAUAGCUUGUGCCAGGAGUGCAUGAGGUCAGGGGGACGAUGCGGCUCCAAUGCCAAUCUCAUUUCAACACAAUUUGUUUGCUACUGUGCCAAUCCAACCUUUUCAUCCACCUGCACCAACAUUCGCAGUCACACUAAUGGUGAUAACAAUGAAUCUAAAAAAGGGCUUAGCAUUGGGGUGAAACUUGGUCUAGUUGCCAUGUUUGGCUUACUGGGAGUAGUGCUAACUUCAAUGCUUAUAAUCUGCUUCUUCAAAAGGAGAAGUUCCUGGAGAAAGGGAGACAAAAGAAAAGAAAAUAUUGAAGAAUUCAUAAGGACUAAUGAAUUCCAUGCUAUCAAGCUGUAUACUUAUUCGGAUAUAAAGAAAAUGACUAACUCAUUCAGUGACAAAAUCGGUCAAGGAGGUUUUGGUAGUGUAUAUAGAGGAAAGUUACCUGAUGGGUGCCCAGUAGCUGUGAAGCUAUUGACCAACACAAAGGGUAAUGGGGAAGAUUUCAUCAAUGAAGUUGGUAGCAUUAGUCGAACUUCCCACGUGAACAUAGUUACUCUUGUAGGGUUCUGUUAUAAGAAGAAAAGAGCUUUGGUCUAUGAAUUCAUGCCUAAUGGAUCAUUAGACAAGUACAUAGGCAACAAAGGGUCCCAAAAUAAGAAUUAUUGUCAGUUGGAGUGGAAGACAUUGUACCAGAUUGCAAUUGGCAUUGCUCGAGGACUAGAAUAUCUGCACAGAGGGUGCAACACAAGAAUCAUGCACUUUGACAUUAAACCUAACAACAUUCUUCUGGACAGGGACUUCACCCCCAAAAUCUCUGAUUUCGGCCUCGCAAAACUGUGCAAGAAAAAGGAGAGCGUUGUGUCUCUAUCCGUGUACGGUGCUAGAGGAACCGUAGGAUACAUUGCUCCAGAAGUUUUCUUCAGAAGCAUUGGAGGUGUCUCCCACAAGUCUGAUGUUUACAGUUAUGGCAUGACGGUUAUCGACAUGGUGGGAGUAAGGGAGAACGAAGAGGCAGGUGAGACUAGUGACUCGUGUUUUCCCAAUUGGAUAUAUGAGCAGCUGGAGCAAGGCUUUAAUUUCAGCCUUGAAGGCAUCACAGAUGAAGAUGAUAAAGAAAUGGCAAUGAAGAUGAUGUUGGUUAGUUUGUGGUGCAUCCAAACCAAUCCAGCGGACCGCCCUUCCAUAAGAAGAGUGGUGGAGAUGUUGGAGGGAAGCAUUGAGUCCUUGCACAUUCCACCGAAACCAUAUUUCUGUCCUCCAACUGAUGAAUCACCUCAGCAGUCCUCUACAUCAUCUGUUACCACACAAAUCUGAGGCAACAAACUGUCCAUAAUGUAUCAAAUUAGGGUUUUAAGUAUGGGAUCUUAUGACUAUAUCUAAAUACUGCCAACCUGCUGUUUUCAACAAAGUAAAAAUAGUGUUUUGUCAUGUAAGAACAAAUUUGAUAAAUAUUCAUAACUCUCAUACAGAGUAUUAGAGCUGAAAUCAUCCAUUAAAUAAUGAAACCGUGUAAUAUAAUUUUUUUUUUUU